AUUAUGGCCGGAUAAUGUUUCCCGAGCACGACGUUCGAACCAACGGCGUUCGCAACUUCCACGACCUGUUGAAAUCCCACGGUUCUCAUUGCCUCAACCACUUCUUGCAGGAAUUUGCUUCUCUCACUAAAGAGCUCAAUCAGUCCCGAGAGUUGUUACUAGAGAAAGAGGAAGAAAUCCAAGAACUCAAAGCUGAGAGAAACAACACCCGACUUCUCUUGGAACAUCUCGAGUGCCUGGUGUCUCGUCACGAACGGUCACUAAGGAUGACUGUGGUGAAAAGGCAAGCUCAGUCACCCGCCGGUGUCUCAUCUGAAGUCGAGGUCCUAAAAGCUCUGAAGUCCUUGUUUGAGCAUCACAAAGCUCUCGAUGAGAAGGUUCGAGAAAAACUCCGUGUUUCUAUUGAGAGAGUUGCUGCUCUAGAAGAAAUUGUUAGUCAACAAAAUGAAGAGCUGUCUCAAUAUAAAUCCCGUGGAUUUGUACAAAAUGACGAAAUGAAAAUGAAAAACAGUGAUGAUAAUUCAAAGGUUGCAAAUGGCAGUAUUGAUGCUGGUGUUGAAGCAUCUAAGGUCAUUGAAUUGCAAGAUAUAAUUGAAAAGCAAGCAAAUGAGAUAGUUGUUGGUCGCAACAAAUUACUUGAUUUCAGUGGGAAGGUGGAAGAAUUAGAAGAUUCAAUGUCAGCUGCACAUAAAGAACUGACUCGUUUGCAUAUGGAAAAUAGUAGAUUAUCUAGAGAUUUGAGAGAGAAGCAUGCACAGAAAGAAGACCAGGAAGAAAGAAUUAUAACUUUAGAAAAAAGAUUUUUAAAUGCUCAAAGAGAAUCAACCUCCUUGCGAGAUCUCAAUGAGAAACUUGAUCAAGAGCUUUCCAAUAAAGAAGCUCAAUUAAAAUUGAGUGAAGAAAAAAUCAAGGCUUUGCAGGAGAGGUUAGAAUUAGCAGAACAGAAACUUGCACAAUUUUCGCCUAAAACUGAUUCCCCAAAAGAUGCAAGCGAAGAAGCUAAGAAUAAAAUGGAUGCUAUUAGUCAGAUUCAUGAACGACAAGGAAGUGUUGAAGAAAGACUUCUUAGGUUAGAACAGCAGUUGGAAGAGAAAAGUACAGAACUUUCUAGAGCUAGGCAAAGAGAAAAAAUGAAUGAAGACCAUAACCAACGAUUAGCUGCUACUGUAGAUAAAUUACUUGCUGAAUCUAAUGAAAGGCUACAAAUGCAUCUGAAAGAAAAGAUGCAUGCUUUGGAGGAAAAGAAUUCACUUGCUCAAAAUUUAGACAGAACUCAAAAAUUAUUAGAAGACACUCAAUCAGAAAAGGAUAAAAUUAUAGCAGAACUGGGUAAAAUGAGAAGCGAAAUGGACUCUUUGAGGCAUGAAUUUCAGAAUUACAGAACUGAUUCUCUAUCUAGGCGACCUAAUAAUCAAACUAACCUUUCACCAUCUUGGUCUAAUUAUCCUCCUACCAGUGGACCUGUUUCACCCAAUAGGAAUAUUAAUCUAAUGACUUCAGAGUCUAUCCCUACUUGUGGUGGACUUGCAUACACCUCAACUUCUCCUUCAGGAUCUCAGCAAAGUCAAAGGAGUCAUGGAAUAAGUAACACUGAGGAAAAUGCAAAUAACUGGGAGAAAAUGGAACAAGCUCGUGUAAUUUCCAAUGUUCAGCAAACAUUUGAUGCAAGUGACAAUGAAUGCAGUCAAGAUGAAGGAGAAAAUAUAUUUGAAGCUAUGGACAUAUUAUCACCUUCAGGGCAUACAGACGCACAAACUCUUGCUCUUAUGUUGCAGGAACAACUGGAUGCAAUUAAUAAUGAAAUAAGAUUAAUUCAAGAGGAAAAACAAAACACAGAACAACGAGCUGAGGAACUAGAAUCUCGUGUUGGCAGCAUGGAUUCUAUGGGUCUUCUUGCUCGUGCAUGUCCUCCAGAGAGAUCUUCCCCUCCACAAAGUGGUCGAUCUACACCAAAAUCUCAUCUUAGUCCCAACAGAGACUACCUACAGAAAUACCAUACGGUAAAUGCUCCAGCAUCAAUGACACCUGCUCAUAUGUAUCAGUAUGCUUCAACUAGCCAACCUCAACUAGCUGAUACUGUGCCACCUCAGAUGCAAUCUGUGGCUGAUACAAUGGAUGAUAGUCAAUUAACAAGACAGUCCAGUCCUCCCACUCCUCGUUCCUUAAGGUUAGAAAGGAUAUCCCAAUCAUUACCUCAGAAUCCCGAUGAAUACAGGAGUUCUAUGCCAGUUGUGGCAUCUCAGCCUACAUCUUCAUCUAUUCCAUCUUCCACAGUUCCUCCAGAUUUGCUCAGCAAUACUUCCCCUUUUCGACCAACAGUUGACAGUAGUUUACUAAAUGCUACAUCACCCAUUAGUUCUGUUAAUUCAUCUCAGGAUUCAUUGCAUAAAGCAGCAGCAAAGAAGAAAGGUUUUAAGUCAUCAUUAGGAAGAUUUUUUAGUAAAAAGGAAAAAGUUAAAACCAAGGAAGCUUUGAACAAAGAACUUAUGGCCCAAGGUUCAGGUUUUGUAGAUAGUGAAGCUUCCACACCAUGUGAUCCAGUACCACCAUCUGGCAGUAUCGUUCAAAAAGCUGAGUUCUGUCGAAGAGCAAACAAAAGCUUCCACUCUUCUCAUGUUCGUCAUGAACUUUUAGCUGAGUCAAUGAAAGCAGGCACCCCUUUUGCUCUGUGGAAUGGCCCAACAAUAGUUGCAUGGUUGGAACUUUGGGUAGGUAUGCCUGCCUGGUAUGUUGCUGCUUGCAGAGCUAAUGUUAAGAGUGGUGCUAUUAUGUCUGCAUUAUCUGAUACUGAAAUCCAGAGAGAAAUUGGAAUCAGCAAUCCUCUACAUCGCUUGAAACUGAGGCUUGCUAUUCAAGAAAUGGUUGCCCUGACUAGUCCAUCUGCUCCGAAACCUUCCAGAACUAGCUUAGCUUUUGGUGAAAUGAAUCAUGAGUGGAUGGGUAAUGAAUGGUUACCAUCUUUAGGACUUCCGCAAUAUCGAUCAACAUUUAUGGAAUGUUUAGUUGAUGCCAGAAUGUUAGAUCACUUAACAAAGAAAGAUCUUCGAGUGCACCUGAAGAUGGUAGAUAACUUUCAUAGGACUAGUUUGCAAUACGGUGUCAGUUGUUUAAAGAGGUUAAAUUAUGAUAGGGAAUCUUUAGAAGAAAGGCGGAAGAUGACAGAAAGUGAAAUUAAAGAUGUUCUUGUUUGGUCAAAUGAUAGGGUUAUAAAAUGGGUCGAUAGCAUAGGACUCAAAGAGUUUUCCAACAAUUUAAUAGAAUCGGGUGUUCAUGGUGCUUUCAUUGCUUUGGACGAUAGUUUUGAUCACAAUGCAAUGGCUUUAGCAUUACAAAUACCUACAACCAAUACACAAGCUAGGCAGUUAUUAGAACAAGAGUUUAACAAUUUACUACUUAAAGGAACUGAUAGGAGGCCAGAUGAAGCACAUAAACAUGCUGUUCAUACUGUUGGGACACAUCAUAAUGUACAAGGUGAUCGCUUGGUAUGAUGCAAGAGCACAUCUAAAAAUGAAUUUGUUAAAGUUGUUCCCUUGAAUCAGUUUUUUAAAAAAAUGUAGAUUAUAUUCAUAUAUGUAAAAAAAAUUAAAGAGAACUUGUUGGACACACCAUGUAAGAUAGAAGCACAUUUGUACAAAUGCCUUCUUUUAAGUAUGUGCAAGUUUUUUUUUUAAUUUCAGACAUAAAGAAUAAGCAUUCUUGUAUGACUAUAACUAUUCCUAAGCCUCUUGAAUUGAGGAAUAGGAAACUUAAGAAAUAACAAAGAAAUUUUUAUUGAAAUUUUAGUCAUAUUUAAGAUGUUACUUUUAAUUUUUGCUAGAAUCCAUUAUUGUAUUUGUACUAAAUUUUUAUAUUAUUUGUUGGUGCUAUGUUCUGUUGGUGGAAGAAGGGGAAUAAACUAUAAAUGUUAUGAA